AGGCAGCAGGUAUACAACCCCGCCUCCAGCCCCAGUCUACAACCCCGCCUCCAGCCCCAGUCUACAACCCCGCCUCCAGCCCCAGUCUACAACCCCGCCUCCAGCCCCAGUCUACAACCCCGCCUCCAGCCCCAGUAUACAACCCCGCCUCCAGCCCCAGUCUACAACCCCGCCUCCAGCCCCAGUCUACACCCCCUCACCCAGUCUACAACCGCUCCAGCCCAGUCUAAACCCGCUCGCGAGCCAGGUUAACCGCUACAGCCCCAGUAACCGCUCAGCCAGUCUAACCCCGCCUCCAGCCCCAGUCUAAACCCACCUCCAGCCCUCUACAACCCCGCUCCAGCCCAGUUAAACCCGCAUCAGUCCCAGUAUACAACGGGCCUCCAGGCCCAGUUACAAACCUGGCCAGCCCAUUACACCGUCAAGUCUACAACCAGUCAGCCCCAUCUACACCGCCUCCAUGCCAGUACAAACCCUGCUCAGCCCUCUACAACCCGCUACAGCCAUCUAAAAACCCGUCCCAAUUAGUCCCCAGUCUACAACCGCUCACCUCCCUACACCAGUCUGGCAGAGUGACAGGUGGGAGGGGCGGGAGAGGAGGAGUGGAGAGGGUGCUAACAGUCCCCAGGUAGGCAGCAGGUAUAGCUGCCUCCAGCCCCAGUCUUCCUCCCUACUCUUAGCAGAGGUGGAGGCAGAGGUAACCCAGAUAGGUGUCAUGUGUGGAGGCUACGGGCCAAUGGGACGGAUGAUAACAUGAACUGGGCUGGACUCCUUCAGGUCAGUCAACCAUUAGUCAGUCAUCUUAUCACUUAAUGAACCACUGUAGGGCAAUAUAUCUGUCAUGCUAAUUACUCUAAAAACCUAAUAAAUAUUAGUUCACCAAUAUUAGUCGCAGCAUAGUAGUAUUGUUGAUCAUUACUUGGUCCUUGUUUUGGUAGCUCUCAUAUGACAGGGAGCUAGUGAAUGGAUAAUAGGUCAUAGGUCAUGGGUUAUUGUUGUGACUGGGAGCACACGAAAAAGAAAACCCUCUGUACGCUUCUUGGAUGUUUUAAGAAUAAUGCUUGAUGAUAGCUAUUAUUCACUAUUAAUAUGGAACAUCAUCAUGCAAAUAUGUAAAUUGUCAUAAAUUAUGUGCAUAUGUUUUGUUAAAUGCUUUAUUAUAAUUCCACAAGCAUGUUUUAUCAUUAGUUAGGGUCCAGUAGGUUUGACUAGUAAGUGAAUAAGGGGGUGAGAUAUAUCAGAUUAUAUUGCAGUACUGCUGCACACACAGGAUGCGUCCCCAAUACCACCCUAUUCCCUAAAACGUGACACAGUCCCUACUUUUACAGUAGCCACUGAGGUAGUAAUGCCACUGUUAAUAAUAGAUCAUUAAAAGGAAGGAAGAUGUUUCCAUCCUAGCCUACUUCAGGGGGAAGUUCCGAGGAUUAUAAUUUCCUCAUAUGAAUGUUUUUCCUCCUCACAAGAAUGUUUUAAGUUCCCUAUUCGGGUUCUCCUUUAGAACGUGCCAUGUCAUGGUCCAUAUCAGUGCUUUACUACACACCAAUGUCCUCUAGUCUUCCAAGUCCUACGUUUUCACUUAAUGUUCUAUGUUCUCCUUUAGAAUGUGCUGGUCAUCGUCCAUCUCAGGCAGAUCAUGUGCUACGGUUCCGUUCAGAUCUCGGUUCCAGAGGAGCAGGAGGCUGGGGUCCGGGUCGGGUCCAUCGGGUCCACGUUCCCCCCCCCCUACCAGCUCCUGACCCAGGUCUACCUCAGGGUGGACCAGGGGACAGGGGAUGUCUACACGACCGACCACAGGUGGUUAUUUAUUGAAACUCAUUCUAGAUGAUGUGGUAGUCUACAGGCCUUUUGACUGUUUCUUUACCUAACUGGAUGGAUUUUUGCACUUCAAUGUUUACUGUUGCUGUAUGCUUUUAAUGUAUAGCUGCUGCUGAUAAAGAAACUUCCUCUUGACUAUUAACAAAGUAAUGAUCUAUCUAUCGCAGGAUGGACCGAGAGGCCCUGUGUCCUGACCAACCCCAGGCUGGAGAGUGUAUCCUCCCACACGACGCCAUCGUGGGCCCUGAGGCAGAGCUGGUGAAGUUCAUGGUGGUUGUAGAGGACAUCAAUGACCACACUCCUCACUUUGACAACACUGAGAUCCAUCUGAGUGUCUCUGAGGAUGUGGCUGUGGGGACCAGUUUUUUAUUGGACGACCAGGCAGAGGACAGAGACAUGGGACGUAACGGACAGCUGCAGUACCACUUAGAGGGAGCCGGUGGGUUUUUCAGUGUGACAGUAGAAGAAGAAGCAGCCAUUUUGUUUUUGGUUGUGCGACAAGGACUAGACCGCGAGAAGCAGGAUCUUCAUGAGAUGACUCUAGUGGCCACAGACUGUGGCUCUACCCCACUAAGCGUCACAGCAACUUUAUUCAUAAAAGUGACUGACGUGAACGAUAACUGUCCAGAGUUUAGCCUGGACAGACCCCAGAAGGUGGUUAUUACAGCGGAAUCACCCAGAGACACAGCAGUAACCAGGGUCAGAGCCACAGACCUAGACCUGGGCCCCAACGCUGCUAUCACCUACUCCCUCAGUCCCAAGGUCUCAGAACGGGCCAGGGAACUCUUCAGUCUGGACAGUCACACUGGCCUGAUCAGCCUGAGAGGAGACCUCAGAGACGGCCACAGUGACAGUGUUAGUGUUAGUGACAGGGGAGAGGAGGUGGUGUUGAAAGUGUUAGCCAGCGGCCCCCACUGCCCCCCUGCAGACACUCAGGUAACCGUAUCCCUGCUCCCCGCUCCACACCAGGAGAAUGGCAUAAAGAUCAGGUUCCUAGCAGAGCAUCAAAACCAGACGAUAGUGUUACAGGAAAACCAGCCCCCCACGGUCUUGGCUUUGCUAGAGCUGCCGGGGGACACUAGUAGUGUUAGAGGCUCAUCGUCUCUCUCCAUUGAAGGAGAGGUGCCUUUUUCUUUGAGCCUGCAGAACGGCAAAUAUCUCCUGUCAACAUCAAAGCCCUUAGACUAUGAGAUGAAGAGUGAAUAUCAUGUUUCUGUAGUGAUGCGUGGUGGUGUCGGGGAGCCUGCAGCUCAGGGCUUCCCUAGGAGAGUGAUCCGGGUGAGGGUGGUGGAUGUGAAUGAUAAUGCUCCACAGUUUCUCCAGAGUCCCUAUCUGAUAGACAUAGAGGAGAAUAACCCUGCUGGGGCGUCUCUGCUGAAAGUCAGGGCGCAGGAUGCAGACAGCAGUCAGAACGGGCAGGUCACCUACAGACUGGGCCGACCAUCACACACGGCGGCAGCGGCAGCCAUUUUUAGAAUCGACCGAAACACAGGUCAGCUGACGGUUUCUCUACCCCUGGACAGGGAACAACAGGACGUUCACAGACUAACUGUUGUGGCCAGAGAUAACGGCGCUCCUUCAUUAGAGUCCUCCGUGACGGUAACGAUCACCGUCCUGGACCAGAAUGAUAACGCUCCUGUCUUCCUCACCCCUCACUUCAUCUUCUUCAUCCCUGAGAAUAUACCUCCCCUGGCCCAGGUGGGGAAGGUGGGGGUGUCGGACUUGGACUCGGGGCUUAACGGGGAGGUGGAGGUGAGGGUGGUGAACAGCAGUGUUGGCCCCUUCAUCAUAGACAACGCCCAGGGGAUGUUGCGCUGCAUGGCCGAUGUCGACCGCGAGAAACAGGACCGCUAUGAGUUAGAUCUGUUCGCCACCGACAACGGACGCCCGUUACCUCUGACCUCUGUCGCCAGGGUAACCGUGUUCAUUGAGGAUGUCAACGACAACCAGCCCCAGGUCAUCCUACCCAGCAGCAACUUGUCGUGUCUCGCCAUCUCCACAGGGACCACCACAGGCACCAUGGUAACCAAGAUCUACGCCAUCGACGAGGACUCAGGGUUAAACUCGGAGAUCACAUACACCAUUGCAGCGCAGGAACCACCGGGCACCUCUCCAUCAUCCCAUCACCAUGGUGACAGCAGCAGCAGUCCCUUCCAGCUGGACGCUCAGUCCGGUAACGUGAUCUUAGCCCAGAGGCUCAUGGGUAAGGACCUGGGGAUGCACCACCUGUUCAUCGUGGUGAGUGACGGUGAGAAACCAGCGCCCCUCCACACCACUGUCUGGGUCAACCUGCUGGUCAACGACACCUUGGAACCAUGCCACCUGGACACCAUGCCAAGAUCCCUGCCCUACAGACUGGCACAGACGCCAUCCGAAACGCCAGCUGAGACGCCCGUCUGCGACAGACAUGCUCAGUUGAUCGUGCUGCUAGGCCUGGGCAUGAUGGCAGCCUCGCUCUGUCUGCUUCUGGUGACGGUUGUUUUAUACAUUAAACAUGUAAAGGAGAAUCAGAUUCCUCUACGCAUUCAGGAGAGAUAUUCGUCAGGAGAAGCGUUUUAA